AUGAGUGAAACUGAGACUUUUCAAGAUUUUGUAAAUACCUUGGAAUCCUUUCGGGAAUUAAAAUCAGGUAUCUCUGGUUCUCGUAUUAAAAAGUUGACUACAUUUGCUCUUGAAAAUGUCGAUCAAGAGGAACAAAUUGUUGAUGCAAUUAUAAAUUAUUCUAAGACUUGUCCCGAUUCUCAUAAAUUGGGUUCCUUGUAUGUUAUUGAUUCCAUUGGUAGGGGUUAUUUAGAUGAGGCUCGUGCUAGAGAUGAUUACAUUAAACCUACUGCAAAGAAAGGUUCUGCUGCGCAUGCUGUUUAUACUUUAGGUGAAUCUAUUCAAGACUUAUUAACCACUGCAUAUUCUAAGGGAAAUAAAGAUCACAGAGAAAAAAUAAGAACGCUAAUUGAUAUCUGGGAUAGAACUGGUUUAUUUCAAAAGGGUUACUUAAAUGCUGUAAGAGCUAAGUGUUUUUCUAUGGAUGAUUCAUUAUCUCGUAAUACAUCACCAUCUGUUGCUGUUAAUAAUAGCAGUUCUGAUUCCGACAAAACAGAGCUUUUGCCUGAAAAUCCUAAAGAAAGGGCCAAAACUAUAAUUAAUAACUUGAAGCCACUUGAUUUUGUACCUGACGUUGAUGUUACAGAUGCCUUAGUAUCUGAUGAUUUAUCUGAACAACAAACUGCUUUACGUAAAUUAUUAUUGUCUCUGCAAAUUCAAUUAGCUAAACAUAUUCAACAAUCACAACAUACAGUAAACAAAGUUGAACAGUCUUCACAUAAAGUUACCGAGUAUGGAAGCAGACGUGAGCGUGAACGUCAAUAUGAAAGGUACUCCUCUAGAAGAAAUAGAUCAAGAUCACCACCUCAAAAGGGCAAUCAUGGUUACGAUUCUAAUGAACAUUCAAGUUUUGGUCGUAAACAACAAAAUUUCGGUCCAAACAAUCAUCAUCUGUAUCCAGACGAAAUGAAUUAUCCACAAAAUCCACAUAGUAGACCCAAACCUGUUACAUAUGAUCCUUCUUUGCCUCCAAAUGCUAUUAAAGUUUUGAGUAGAACCUUAUUUCUUGGUGGUGUUCCAAUGAAUAUGAAGGAGUGGGAUAUUUCCCAUAUUCUAAAACCAUACGCCGAUGUUCAGAGUGUUAUUUUAAAUAACCAUAGAAAGCAUGCCUUUGUCAAGGUUUAUUCUAGACGUGAGGCAGAAAAUGUGUUAAUGAAUUUUAAUUUAGAUGGUUCUUACCCAUUAAGAACACGUUGGGGUGUUGGUUUUGGUCCUAGAGAUUGCUGCGAUUAUCAAAAUGGGUACAGUAUAAUUCCCUUACAUAGACUAACCGAUGCUGACAAGAAGUGGUCAUUGGAAGCGCAAUGGGGUGGGACUAAUGGACAGCCUUUAACACCUGGUAUGGUAUUUGAAGAACCAGAUAUUAUUGUAGGUGAUGGUGUUUCUUCAAAAGCUAUUUCUCAAAGAAUACCUACGGAUUCGUCUAAAAACGGUCCAAGAUCUAAUAGAGAUGAAAGACGGAAUGGUUAUAAUCAAUACAAUCAACAUCAACCAGUCCAAAGUGGAUAUAUUGCUGAACCAAAUACUAUGUACAAUCAAUUACCACCACAACAAGGUGGUGGUUACAUGGGUCAAAAUGGUGUAUAUGGACAACCAAUAGGUGGAUACGGUAUGUCUCAAUCUCCACAACAAAUAUUACAUCAGGGGCAAAUGGGUGGCACAUCAUUGCCAAAUCAGCAGGCACCAGCACCACCACCUUCCCAACAACAACAAGCACAGGCAGCUGAUCCACAAGCACAAUUAAAUACUUUAAUGAAUAUGCUAAAUCAACAGCAACAGCAUUGA